UCAGAUUAUAUCCCAUAUGAUGUAACAAACCGCCCUGUACGACCUCAUCAAGAAUAUCAACCAAAGCCUGGACAUAUUGAUCUUGGGACAACCUAUAACCGAGAUUUUAAUACUCAUAAAAUAGAACCAGUGGCACCUGCACGUCCAGUAGAAAACAGACAAAUUAACAUGGGGAAGUUUGACACAAACCCUACAUACAAAGAUGACUACAGAGCCUGGGAUAUCAGUAAAAGAGAACUUGCUAAACAGGAACAUACUUACCAACCUCCUACUGUUAAAUUUGGAAAUUCAACUACAUUCCAAGAUGAUUUUUUUCCAAAGGAUAUAAUGCCAAGAGAAAGUUUCAAGCCUCCUGGAGUAUCAAAACGCAGCGACAUCCCUUUUGAUGGCACUACAAGCCAUCGCACUUCUUUCAUUCCUCAUGAAAUUGAGCCAAAGCAUCAAAGACCGAAGCAAGAAUAUAAGCCCAGUAGUCAACCGUUUGAUGAUCUCACUACUCAUCGUAUCAAUUUCAAGGGCACACUUGGAGAGAUAACAAAAAGCUGCAAACCUGAUUUUGGUAAAGUCGGUAGCAAUGCUCGAUUUCAAGGCAACACUGAAUUCCGUGAUAGUUAUCAGCCUUGGUCAGUAGCUCCAACUCAAGUUCAGAAAUCUUAUGAAUAUAUUCCACCUACUACGCACAUGGAGCUAGACACUACGACCCAUCUGGAUUAUGUGCCACACCGCCUCAGUUAUGUUUCCCCAAUUCGUCCAGUCUCCCAUGGAAGAAGGAGCAAGGUGCCCUUUCAGGGAAGUUCUACAAUGAAAGAAGAUUUUCAGGCUUGGCAAAGUAAGCGUCAAGAAAUGAUCAAGCGGGAUCAUGAAAUUCCAAAGGCUGUGGGGAAAUUUGAUGACCUGACAACAUUCAAAUCGCAUUACCUACCCCAUGAGAUACAUCCUACUCAGAGUUUCAAGCCUUCAAAUGCAGCACUGAACAGUUCUGCUCCAUUCGAAAGUGGAACAAUGUAUCGCUCUGAUUAUACUCCCAAGAAAAGUGAAAUCUGCCCUGCAAACUACCAGUCCCCUCCUGGUUAUGUCUUUGAAAGCGUUGAUGGCCGAGGCCACAAGAUAUUUAGAAAAAUGAUUACUCCUGAAAUGAAUUCAUUUUCACACAUCAAUGAAGACAACCUUGCUAAAGCUAUUGCUGUCAUUUCUUAA